UACUCCUCUAAUGCCGUAAACGUAAAGCAUGUAAUGAUUUACAUAAAAUCGUAAUAUUAACAUAUGAACUUAAACGGAAAUCUGUUUGACAGUGUGUGUGUGUGUUUAUACAACAAACAUUGAGUGAUAAGUCACGACGUCUAAAACGAAAAAAUAAUAUGUUAAAAAAGGUUAUAUAUGGAGUUAGCGUAACUGAUACCUGAACACAUGGACAUGGAAAUAUACGCCGAGACUUGAGUGACUAUAUUUACGUGAUGCUAUACAAAACUCUAAUCACUAUCCUCAUUUUUACACCAGUAAUACUAUCUCACAUCAAACAUGCGCCUCGAGACGGGAAACUAACAUUUACUGGCCUCGCCCUCAAAUAUGGCAAAGUGGCUGAAGAGUAUGAUGUAACAACCAAAGACGGGUAUAUUCUGAAAAUUUAUCGAAUCCCUGGUGAUAAAACUAAGCCGCUACUUCUCAUGCAUGGUAUUCUGACCACAUCCGAUGAUUUCAUCAUCAGAGGAAACGAUUCCCUGGCGGUGACGCUCUCCAACGCUGGUUAUGACGUUUGGUUGGGAAAUUACAGAGGUAAUAGGUAUUCUCGACGACACAUUACUAUGGACCCCGACAAAAAUGCGACGUUUUGGAAGUUUGGACCUCACGAACACGGAUACUACGAUCUUGCUACCACUAUUGACUUGGUUUUGAACAAUACCGGGGAAGACAGAUUGUCGUUGAUAGGAUAUUCUGAAGGGACAAUGAUUACAUACGUCUUAGGAGCUGAACGACCAGAGUAUAACGACAAAAUUAAAGUGUUCAUUGCUUUGGCUCCCAUUUGUCACAUAAACAAGAUGAUAGAAGCGUUACCUUUCGUAGCUAAAUUGGGAUAUGACAUGAUCAGGUUUUUAAAGCUCUUCAAAAUUGAAGAGCUAUUUGGCUUUGACAGUUUAAGUGGCAUUAUGACGAGGAAUAUGUGCUCUCAGUCCGUGGGGCUUCAAAUGUGUCGGCGUAUAUUACUCUUAGUAUCAGGAUACGACCCAGACGGUCUAGUGAAAGAAUUCAUGCCGCUUCUAUUCGAGCACUAUCCAGCCGGGACUUCGAUGACAAACGUUGAGCAUUUUAUGCAGAUUUUGACAUCAAAACGAUUCGCAAAGUUUGAUUAUGGUCCUGUGAAAAAUUUUGAGAAAUACGGUUCCAAAAUCGCGCCGGAUUACAAUCUUAAUAAAAUUACAAUGAACAUAUAUUUGAUUGCUGGUAGAAAUGAUCGAUUGUCAGUUCUGGCAGACAGUCGACUUCAAGCCAAGGAACUUCCCAAUGUUAAGGAAUAUUUUGUUAUUGAGAAAAAAUUCAACCACAUAGAUUUCCUGUGGAGCCGGCAGUCGCGGCAGGUCCUGUACCCUAAAGUGUUGGAUAUACUGGACAAAUAUAGGUAAUAAACAGCUGUGCCUCGGCUUCGCUUCCAUGGGAAGAAUUUGUCAAAAUUGUUGCAGAGAUUAGCGCAGUCAAACAAAAAAAUAUCUAUAUCUACAUCUUCAGCUUUAAUACAUUACAAUUAUAAUCAGUGAAAUAUUGUUAAAUAUUCAAAUUAUUAUGUACAUACGAGUAGGAUGUUAAAUUACUCAAUAGCCAUCUUGUCUUGGCAUGACGUAAACACUCUCAAUAAAAUGUAGCUUUGUUUAAUUUAAUGAUAUUUUUUAUGCCACGUGUGUAAUUUUGAAGAUGCGUCUGUCUUCUUUAUUUGUAAGGAUAAAUUUAUUUAUCAAUUUAUGUUUGUUUUUAUUAAUUAAGAAAAUACAGAAACAUUGCACAUUUGGCAAAUACAUUUAAUACAACCAAUAAA